CUGCCACCAUUCAAGUUCCCACUUAUCCAAAAAACAAAUUAUAUGAAAAAAACUACGAUAAUUUAGUGUUUGUCUAAUUGACCGGGACGUAGUGAGAUUUUAAAUUUUGAAAUUGACCUAUUGAAGUCCUCGUGUGAUAUUACAUAACCGGCGUUAGUUUUUUGGGGUUAGGUCGCCCUUAUCACGUUUACCAUUCAAGGCAAAAAAUGUCUCAAACUUUACGGUGCGCUUUGCGCAGCUUGUGCACCCCCUUGAAGCGCGACGUUUUAAAGUUGGCACCCCCAUUGUCGUCUGUUUUGAACACGAGGUUUUUGUAUGCGAAAGCAACGCUGGGUCUCGAUGGGUUUGCCGAACAGAGCAAACAAAUCCACCAACAGAUGGAAAAUAUAGCUGGGAAGUUUCGCGAGAAAAUGACCACGUACUCGUCGGAAGACUCCCAAAACAUGAUUUUUACGGAGGACUUGAAGAAUAUGGUUUAUAUGGCUGAGAGUGACGCCGAUGUUGAGUUGGUGGUCAAAAUGACGAAAAAGUUUAAUUCGCAAAAUAAGGAGUUGAGGUUUGGGAAUUUUGUCUUUGGACCGGUCAUAAUGCGCAUGUUUUAUACUCAUAAUAAGGCCGAUUUGGCGCUUGAGUGUUUCAAGGCGCCGGAGUUCGACGGUAUUUUUGACCAGCUGAUCACGUACCAAAUCCUUUUGGACUUGCUGUAUGAAAAUGGAAAGUAUCAAGAGAUUUUGGACACGUUUGAAGUAAUCAAAGGCCGACAGUUAGAAGGGACUAAAUAUCCCCGAAAUUCAGUGGUUUUGGUAAUGGCAGCGUGUUACAAAAUGAACUCGAAGGAGAGUGUGGAGUAUGCCUUAAAAUUCUGGAACGAGUUGCGGGGAGCGGGGCAUUUCCCCAUGCGUCGGGCGACCACAUUUUGCGCCGGUUUGGCCCUCAAUCAGGGCAUGCCCGAAGCCGCCUUAGAAAUAAUCUCAAACGUUCGAAACCCCAAUUAUGUCACAAUCCGGAAUAUUAAAGCCCGUGCCUUGAGCGAAAUCGGCCGAUUAGACGACGUUAUCACAAUUUUAAAAUCUGUAAUUUCUGACGAUAGGCCUGGCGAAGUUGCACACACGUUCAAUCGGGAUGUGUUAGAGGCGAUCAAAGCCAAGGUUUUGGAGGCUGAUAAUCCCGAAAUAUCGGCAGAGUUCAACCGGUUGGAAAAACUGUUCGAGAAGGAGGGACACAUCACUAAUGAAACUCUGGACCAACACUUGUGUUCCGAAAUCCAGAAACCGCCAGUUAUGAAUAACCGGCAAGGAAAUCGGUUUAACCGUUUCCAGCAGUCUGAUCGGAGGCCGUCGCCAGGGUUCAAGAGACCCUCAUACAGGCCCGGCUUGAAGGAUUUAAUUUAGUUAUUUUUUGUACAUCUUUAGUUGAAUAAAAAAUCUCACUAGACAAACA